AUGCAGACCCGGCGGUCCAAAAAGGCCGUUGAGCCUCCGCCAUCCUCGUCUCCUCCACAGCCAACCAGGAGAAACCCACCGCGAGCAACUAAGCGGCGUGGGAGCGUCGUCGUUAUCAGGCACUCUAGCUCUUCCCCUAGUCCUCCUCCAAGCUCUUCGCCUAUAAGACCGAGGGCCUCUCUUCUCCUUCUACCUCCUCCCCUUCCUGCCGCUGUCCCAUCUCUUCCGCCUCCGCCAGCAACUCCCUCAAAUUCAUCUCCUGUGCUGCCAAGCAUAGAACCUCCAAAAGGCCUGACAUCUGUGCCACGCAAAGGAUCCAUUGUGUUUGAUCCAGUACCGCGUCGUGGCGCUCCCCGUCAUCUCAGCGUCAGUAGUAUUGCCACCAACCCUAGGAGGGACAACACUGACGACGAGUACGACGAAACCCUUGUCCCGGAGCCCAAAUCCGCAGCUCAGCUGCAGGAGGAAGAAAUGGUCCAGCGCGAUGUCGAGGAGGCCGAGCAUGCGAUAAAGCUCGAGGCCGUAGCCUCUUUAGCCAGGGACGCCAAGAACCUCGUCGACCAGUUUCAGAACAAGUCACGGCCGUCAUACGAAAAGGUGCUCCUCAUGAAGUUGCAGACUUUCAGGGCGUCUCGCAGUAGAUUCCUAGCUCCUCGCCAGGCAUCCCCUUUUCUCGACUGGGAUUGGGUGGACAAGGCGGGAGCACACCUCUCGGAGCCUGAGAGUGUUACUGUUCCGCUCUCUAUCAAGCUGGCAAACAUUGCCACCGCUCUCAUGCAAAUAGAAAGCAUCGAGUCUGAAGGGGACAAUCCGGUGCCUUUUCUCGAGGCUGUGGAUAUCCUCUUCCCCAUGCAUUUCGCCGCUGAUAACACGCAGUACCGGGCAAUAUCCCUGGAACUUCGCACUCAGAGAGCAAUUGAGAGCAUCGCAAGGUCGCCCCAGGCCACAGACCUGCGUGGCAUGCUGGGCCACGCAUUCUGUAAUAUGAACGCGCCAGAUGCUCCGAGCGACUAUGGUACUCUCUUUAUCAAGGGCCCUUAUAAGCCCCUGGCGGACCUCGAUCAACAAUCGCUGGUGGAUGUUUGUUCGAACAGAGUCUCCCACAUGUGGAAGAUAAUGUCUGACGGUGGCAAGAGAGGGAUUAGGACUCCCGUGGAUCUGCCCAGUAUCCGAGCUCAGUAUCCUCUCAAACACACGCUUGAUUCCCUCAAGCAAUGGCUCUUGGCCAGAUAUUCAACACUAUCGCUUUUACUAAACAGGGCAGAGCAAGAAAAGGUGGACAAGGAGAAGGAGAAGCUACUUGAUGAAGUGCGCGCUGAGGAACAACGUCUGUUCCGAGAGCAUCGAAGAGCUCGAGAGGAAGAGCAGAGAGCUCUUGAGGAGGAACACAGGGCUCGAGAGGAGCAGCAACGAGCCAAGGAAAUAGAGCUCAAAACUCGGGAAGAAGCGCAGCAAGUGCGAGAAAGGGAGCAGCAGGCUCGAGAAAGGGAGCAACAAGCUCGAGAAAUGGGGCAGCGUGCUCGAGAAGCAGCACGACAAGAGAGAGAAAGAGUGAGAGAAUUGGUGAGAGGAAAGCACACCCAAGAGCAAGAGAGGGCUCGCAAGGAGCGGCAAGCUCAACAAGACAGGGCUCGGAGGGAAGAAGAGAGAUGGGCGCGUGAAGGAAGAUAUCCAGAGCUGCCACCGCUCGGCGACGAUGAUAGUUUUCCCUACCACGAUGACUUUGAAGCAUCUUCUCAGGAUCUGAUUAGCUCCCAGCCUGAGCCGCCGCCACGACGGUUUCAGAGCCGAGAUAGAGACAGCUCUUUAUUCAUGGGCAGACAACUAGUCGGUCUGCUCGGCAGUGUAUCUCUUGCCCACGCUCCAUCGGGGUCCUCGCGCAAGCGAUCGUAUCAAGAAAGCGAAUACCAGAGCGAGAGCGUCUAUUUCGAUGACGAUCAAGAAGAGGAGCUCGAAGAGGAGCUCGAGGAAGAGGAGGAGGAGGAAGAAGAGGAAGAGGAUGACUUUGAAGAAGACCCCAGGCCUUUUAGAAAAGGUAAGGCAACUGCAUCAUCUGCCAUUGUGCACCGACACCGAGAACUACAGAGGGAACGCGAGGACGGCGACUACAACAGUUAUCAAGCGGAACGGAGACCUACCAAAAGGGGCAAGACAACUUCUUCAUCCGCCCCUGCAUACCGGCGUGAGGAAUACCAGAGGGAAUACCGUCGUCCUGCUGCGAAUACCUCGACUGCGCGGCCGCUUCCAUCCAUUCCUUCAUCUUCCGCCCCAGAUUUCACAGCCAUCAAGCAAAUCAAGCACCAGGCUCGCUUAAAUGCGCGAUUGGCCCAGCCACAGACUCUUAAGAGACGCUGUGUCUGGAGCGAUCACGAUUCGGCCACAUUGGUUGACCUCAUUGCACGCCGCGCUGCCGCCUGGUCCACCAUCAACAGGGAAGACAGCCAUCUUUUCGAGCGUCCACGGGACGCGCAGGCCUAUCGUGACAGGGCUCGCAAUAUGAAGGUCGAUUUCCUCAUCUCUGACGCGGUGCUGCCGCGGGGGUUUGAUCUGGUCACGCUGAGCAGGAAGGAAAUUGAUCGGUUGCAGAAGUUGGGCAAGAAUCAUGCCAGGAGGGAGAAUGAUAUCGACAGCAACGGCAGGCCGAUCAAUACCGAGGCCGACAUGUACUGGCUGGAAAGCUGA